AUGCGGGACAUUGUGUGUGGCUACAGCUGCAGCAGUGCCCUGAUCUCCGCGCUGCCCCAGUCCUCCUUCCAGAGCUCCUCUCAGUCGUCUUACAGCUAUGGGCCCCAACAAGCCAAGAUCAACAGACGCGACGGGGCGGGCGGGUGGUCUCCCAUGGUGACAGACCGUGAGCCCUGGCUGCAGCUGGACCUCCGGGAGCGCAUGGAGGUGACGGCGCUGUCCACACAGGGCAGGGCCAACAGCGAGGACUGGGUGAGCCGCUACAUGCUGCUGUACAGCGACACGGGACAGGCCUGGAAGCAGUACAGGCAGGAGGACGGGGUCGGGAGCUUUGAGGGGAACACAAACGCAGAGGGGGUGGUUCAGAACAGACUCUCUCAGCCUGUGAGGACACGCUUCCUCCGACUGGUGCCCGUGGACUGGAACCGCAGCGGCUGGAUCGGACUGAGGCUGGAGAUCUACGGCUGCUCCUACAAAUCAGACGUGGCAGACUUCGACGGCCGCAGCGCACUCUUGUACCGGUUCAACCAGAAGUCGAUGUCUACGGUGAAGGACGUGAUCUCGCUGCGCUUCAAAAGUCGACAGGCAGAGGGCGUCCUGCUGCACGGAGAGGGCCAGAGGGGAGACUACAUCACCCUGGAGCUGCACCGGGGGAAACUGGCUCUCUACCUCAACCUGGAUGACACUCGCCUGCGCUUCAGUGGCGGGCGGGUGGCGGUGACCGUGGGCAGCCUGUUGGACGACCAGCACUGGCACACGGUGGUGAUGGAGCGGUUCAACAGGCAGGUCAAUCUGACAGUGGAUGCGCACAGCCAGCACUUCACCACCAGGGGGCAGGGCGACUCGCUGGAAGUGGACUACGAGCUGAGUUUUGGAGGAAUUCCGCUGCCGGGCAAACCUGGGACCUUUCUGCGCAAGAACUUCCACGGCUGUAUCGAGAAUCUCUAUUACAAUGGCAUCAACAUCGUGGACCUGGCCAAGAGACGCAAGCCGCAGAUUUACUCCGUGGGUAACGUGACCUUCUCGUGCUCUCGGCCUCAGCUCACGGCGUGUUCUUUUGUGAGCUCCAGCAGCAGUUACCUGUCCCUGCCCGCUCCUGCCCCCUCGUCCUCCUCUGCCAUGGGGGGGUUCUCUGUGAGGUUCCAGUUCCGCACAUGGAACCAGGAGGGCCUUCUGCUGGGGGCCCAUCUCAACCCGGACCCCCACCGCCUGGAGCUGAGCAUCAGCAACAGCAGACUGGUGCUGAGUCUGCACAGCGCAGGACACAAAGCCCAGGCAACAGCAGGGCACAGGGUGAACGAUGGCCUGUGGCACUCCGUCAGCCUGGACAGUAGGAACCUGCAGAUCAGCCUGGGCCUGGACUCGGAGCCCCCCUCCACCAUCGACCAGUGGGAGCAGCUGCACUCCCGCGGCAGCUUCUACUUCGGAGGAUGUCCCGUGUCCGGAUGCAGGAACCCCACCAUCUCCUUCCAGGGCUGCAUGCGCCUCAUCUCCAUUAACGGUCAGCCAAUCAGCCUCCAGCAUGUACAGCAAGGCCUUCUGGGAAACUACAACGAGCUGCUCUUCGACACCUGCUCCAUCAGGGACAGAUGCCUUCCCAACCUGUGUGAGCACAAAGGCCGCUGUCUGCAGACCUGGGGCUCCUUCUCAUGCGACUGCUCGGGGACAGGAUACUCUGGCGCCACCUGUCACAACUCUAUUUACGAGUCGUCUUGUGAGGCGUACAAACUGAUGGGCAGCUCUUCAGGAUUCUACUCCAUAGACCCCGACGGAAGCGGACCCCUGGGGCCCACACAGGUCCACUGCAACAUGACAGAAGAGCGCGUCUGGACUGUGCUCAGUCACAACAGCACAGAGGCAGUGAGGGUGCAGGGAUCCUCUGUGCUACAGCCUCACAUCAUGGACCUCAACUACAGUGCCUCCUCCGACCAGCUGAGGGCGAUAGUGGCUGGCUCAGAGCACUGCCAACAGGAGGUGGUCUACAGCUGCAGGAAGUCCCGCCUCUUCAACACCAAAGAUGGCCGUCCUCUCUCCUAUUGGCUGGACCAGAGCGGAGAGAGGCGGAGUUACUGGGGCGGCUUCCUGCCUGGAGUGCAGCAGUGCUCAUGCAGCCUGGAGGAGAACUGUGUGGACAUGAACUACUUUUGCAACUGUGACGCAGACGCAGACACCUGGUCCAAUGACUCCGGCGUGUUGUCAUACAAAGAGCACCUCCCGGUCAGUCGCCUGGUGGUGGGAGAUACAGACCGCUCGGGCUCAGAGGCUGUGUACCGCAUAGGACCUCUGCGCUGCUAUGGAGACAAGUCGCUGUGGAACUCUGCGUCGUUCUACCAGGACUCGUCGUACCUGCACUUCCCUCCUCUGCAGAGUGAGCUGUCCACGGACGUCUCCUUCUUCUUCAAGACCAGCAGCACCAGCGGGGUCUUCCUCGAGAACAUGGGGGUCAGCCACUUUAUCCGGAUCGAGCUCAGCUCUCCCUCAGUGGUCACCUUCUCCUUCGACGUUGGGAACGGCCCCAUGGUGCUGUCGGUAAAGUCACACCUGCCCCUGAAUGACCGGCAGUGGCACCAGGUGCGAGCCGAGCGCAGCGUGAAGGAGGCCUUGCUGCAGGUGGACCAGCUGCCCCUGCGCUUCCUGGAGGCGCCCCCCAAUGGCCACACCCGGCUCCGGCUCAGCAGCCAGCUCUUUGUGGGUGGGACGUCCUCCAGGCAGAGGGGCUUCCUGGGAUGCAUCCGGACUCUGGUCAUUAACGGUGUGACCUUAGACCUGGAGGAGCGUGCUAAGCUAGCCCCUGGUGUUAGCCCUGGUUGCCCUGGUUACUGCAGUGGUUCCAGCAGCUUGUGCCAUAACCGUGGCCGGUGCAUUGAGAAGAGCAGCGGCUUCGCCUGUGACUGCUCCCAGUCGGCUUACGGAGGCCCCAGCUGCAAGGAAGAAGUGUCUGUGUCCUUCGAGCGCGAGUCUUCGGUCACGUUCACCUUCCAGGAGCCGUUCUCGGUGAUGCAGAAUCGCAGCUCGCAGGCCAGCGUGUGGAGGGAGCGGGAGCGCGAGGGCAGCAGGGCCAGAGAGGACAUGGCCUUCAGCUUCGUCACCUCGCACAGUCCCGCCAUGCUUCUCAGCGUCUGCACCUUCAGCCAGCAGUACAUCGCUGUCAUCCUGGCACGCAACGGCAGCCUGCAGAUCUGGUACCAGCUGCAGAGCGACAGAGCCCCAGACGUUUUCAGUCCAGUGCUGCGCUCUCUGGCCGACGGCCGACUGCACCGGAUACGGCUGCACCGCGAGGGACUGGACCUCUACGUACAGUUGGACCAGGACGUGCACAGGAAGUACCGGCUGUCCUCUGACUCGGAGCUGGUGCUGAUCCGCUCGCUGACACUGGGCAAAGUCAUGAGGACAGAGGGCUUCCCAGAGGAGGUGGUCCAGGCCGGGGCGCGGGGCUUUGUGGGCUGCCUCUCCUCGGUCCAGUUCAACCAUGUCGCCCCCCUGAAGGCCGCGCUCUUGAACCGGGGCAGCUCCCUGGUCACCAUCAGGGGCCCCGUGGUGCAGUCCAACUGUGGGGCCCUGGCCGAUACCAUCUCCUCCAACAACCUGCUGGACCAGACGUCCACGUCGAGUCAGGACACGGACCAGAGGGACUCUCAGAGCGACGUGGCACUAAUAGCAGGAGUGGUGACGGCCGUGUCCUUCAUCACCGUGUGCGUGCUCGCCGUGGUGACCAGGCUGCUGUACCGGAGACAGAGCCAGAGAGGAGAGCCCGGUCACCACAAGGACAAGCAGCAGCAGCAGCAGAGGAGCAGCGAGGAGCCGGCCUUCAGGACAGAGCUCCACCUGCACCACGCCAUGAGAGACAGCAUCAAGGAAUACUACAUAUGA